AUGCAUGUGCGCCUCUUUGGCAUACCGCUGGAAUUCGUGAAUCUGUUGAUUGCACUAUUCGCCUAUACUUGACAAUACCUGAUCUCAUCACGCCCACUAAAAAUUUACCAUCCAUCCGCUAUCAUUGCCACUUAUGUUACAACAAUUGUUCUUAUGAAUACUGCGCCAAUCGCACUGUACAUGUAUGGUUAUAAUAAAUACUUCAUUAAUUUGAUGAAUGUGCGGCAAAAAAGUGCCUCUCGAAGCCAGGCGAGUAGCAUAAAUGGUGCACAAAGUGAGUAUUCUGAGUAUCGACGUCGAAGUUCGCCUAAACUGCCACAAGCCAGAUUAUGCUGUGACGGAUAUGCGCCACACAUAUUUGCAAUCGUCUUGCUCGUACUAAUUGUUGCUGCCAAAGCACCGACAAUAUAUGCGCACAUGGUCAUCUAUCAGGUACAGGUUUUCACAUUAUUCCAUCAACGACUAUAUGUAUUUGAAUUUCCGUCCCCCUCUUCGGAUAAUUUAAAAACAAGAACAUUUUUUUUUCACCAUUUAUAA